AUGCUCCUGCUCCUGCUCCUGCUCCUGCUGGUUCCUGCCAUACUACUCUACAUUUCCCACCGCAUCGUGCGGCCUACUCUGACUCUGGCAAAGAAGAAGAAGCCGAGCAGCCAUGGCCUCCGGAGCCACCCGCUGCUUGGCCAUCUCCACGCGUUCCUCAAGAACCGCCACCGCUUCCUCGACUGGUCGACCGAGCUCAUCGUCGGCAGCCCGGAGCGGAGGAUGGGCUUCUGGAUUCCCGGGAUGAUCACCUGCUUCAUCACCGGCAACCCGGCCGACGUCGAGCACGUCCUGCGCACCAACUUCGCCAACUACCCCAAGGGCGACAGCACCAUCCCCGUCAUGGCCGACUUCCUCGGCCACGGCAUCUUCAACUCCGACGGGGAGCAGUGGCUCUGGCAGCGCAAGAGCGCCAGCCGUGAGUUCACCACGCACUCGCUCCGGGGUUUCGUCAUCGAUUCCGUGCAGUCCGAGGUCAGAAACAGGCUUCUGCCCUUGCUGUGA